AUGCUUGCCAUGAUGACCCUCCUUCAUGGAGUCAGUGCCUUUCAAGGUGCAAGCUUGGCUACUUCAAGCGCCACUCGUCAUGGCAGUGUGAUAUCCAACUCCCAAUUGAAUGCAGCCACAUCGCUGCUGCCGGAUUUCUCUGCGUUGCCCACGACAUCCAGCAACAGCAACGUCCAGUUGCGCACGUACACUCACGACGGCUGGACUUUGAAAUACCGGUACAAACCCGCCGCCAAGGGCAAAGAAAACGAACCGCCCUUGCUGUUGGUCCAUCCCGUGGGAAUUGGCAUGUCCAGUUGGUACUGGGACGAAUUCAUGACCAGCUGGAACGACGGAGGUGCCGUCUACGCACCCGACUUGAUUGGUUGUGGCAUUGACAAUGGCAGUGAUGCGUGGAAUCCACAAGAACGUGGUUUGUUCUUUCCAUUGAGCUGGGUGAAGGGAUGCGAAACACUCUUGCAGCAAGUCAUUAUGCAAUCCAACUAUAACAACAACAAUCCACUCUCGUCACUCCUGCCACAAAAGAAAACUGUGACGGUCGUCACACAAGGUGGCUUGGCACCCGUGGGAGUCAUGCUGGCGGCUCGCAACCCCGAUACCGUCUCUCGUCUCGUCAUGUCAUCGCCGCCCACAUGGGCCGAAAUGACCACGCCCGUCCCCGAGGCCGAACUCGAAAAGAAUUACAACUUUUUGCAAUCCAACUUGGGCGGUGUAGCAUUUGGAGCACUGGAAUCGGAAUGGGCCAUUCGGUUCUUUUCCAACCUGUUCUUGUUUCAAGGCAAUGCCGAUGACACGUGGAUGCAAGAAUGUUUGCAAGAAUGCCGUCACGUCAAUGCCCGUCCACCCAUUCAAGCCUUCAAUGCUGGUCUGAUGCAGCAUCGAUCCUAUCAAGAAGAAUUGACGGCGUUGUCGCAACCCACCACGAUUGUGCAAGGCAAGGGAGACAACAAUCGGAUUCCCUUGCGACAAGAGUAUGAAACAGAAAUGAAAGAUUGUUCGGUGGUGACGCUUCCAGAAGGUCUGAAUGUGCUGCCGUGGGAGUCCGCCGGGUUGUUUGCCAAGACGGUUCAAGAGGCGCAAGAAAAACUAGCCCGAGUCAAGAGAGGAUGGUGA